AUGGCACAUUCGGUACUCUUUGACCAGGACGCCGGCUACGGCAACAGCGGGCUCCCGCCCCACGCACAGCAGACAGACGGGUUCGAGUUCUACCAGACGCAGUACAGCGACCCGUCGGCCGCGCAAGCCAACAUGCACGGCACCGGCGACGAUUUCUACGCGUCCUCGUACGGCACGGCGGCGCCGCUGCCGCCGCUUCUGGAGGAGCUGGAGAUAAACUUCCAGCACAUAAAAUCAAAGACGCUGGCGGUGCUGAACCCGUUCAAGCCUAUUGACCGCGAGAUCUACGAUGACGCCGAUAUGGCCGGCCCGCUGCUGUUCAUUCUGGUGCUGGGCACGCUGCUGCUGCUGUCGGGCAAGUCGCAGUUUGGGUAUAUCUAUGGCGUGGGGCUGCUGGGCACUCUGGGCAUCUGGGCCAUUCUCAACCUGAUGUCGCACGGCGGCAUUGAGGUUAUGCGGACCGCCAGCAUUCUCGGGUACUGCCUGCUGCCUAUCCUGGUGCUGGGCGGCCUGGGGCUCACGGUGGACCUGAAGGCAGCGCAGCUGGCCGGCUUGGCGGCUGUCGUGCCGAUUCUGUGGUGCACGUACUCGUCGGCGACCAUGUUUGUCACCAUCCUGUCCAUGUCUGAGCAGCGGUUACUUGUCGCCUACCCUGUUGGUCUAUUCUACGCAAGCUUCGCGCUGCUGACAAUCUUCUGA